CCCUGGCCACCCAUGACCCUGUCACCAAUUCACCAAAUUACUUUCCUCGGAUUAUUUUGCAGACCAGGAACAUCCCACAAGAGCUCUCUCUCUCUCUCUCUCUCUGGCAGACACGUGUAACAAUACGUAGGAAGAAAUGUGCAAUUUUCUAGCUAUCAGCAAGAGGGCGCUGUUAAAACAAACUGGAUGCAAAGUUUCCGGGGAAAAAGAAAGCGUUGAAGAAGAAGUCGCAACCCAAGAAAACAAACGGAACCGGAUUGAGGAAGCGUGCAGCGUUUGGUGCAGCUGUUUCAUUGUAUUUUUUGCCUUUCUGUUGUGUUUAUAUCACCUCUGUGUUUGCUUUUUAAACAGCGAAGGUUCAACUGAAACGUUAUUUUAUUUACCCGCUCCGCCAUACAGUGUGCAUUUAAAAUAAGGACGUUAUUAACUUUAACUUCCAGGAUCAGACUUUAACAGAACAGAUCUGGAAUCAGUUUAUAAACACCAGGAUAUAGAAACUAACAAUCUGCUGUACUAUUGGCAAAGUCUGGAGUUUAAAGUUGUUGUUUUCUCCUUAAAAGACCUGGAGGGUGAAGUGACCCAGAAGUUCAGGAUCUGUCAGAUAAAAUAUGGCUCCAUUGUAAAUCAUAUUUAUAUAUUAUAAUACAUAUAAUAUAUAUAUAUAUAAUCGUAUGCAUUAUAUUAUAUUUUAAUUGUGUGCCAGUUUCUCAAGACAAUUCCGUCAUAAUUUCCUUAUGCAUAAUUUAAUUAUUUCUAAUAGUUAUUCCAAAAUAUUCCUGACAGUAACCCAGGAAAGAAUCCAUUAAAUAAUACCUAUACAGUAAUGGCCAGUAAGUCUGUCUCAGUCACCAACUUCCCAUACUGGGAAACCAGCAAAAGGAGAAUUCGAUACUUGUAUCUAGUUGGUGAUGAUUCCUUUCAGCUGACCAAACCGAGCACAAAUGAGGAGCCAGCAAUCCCUCUCUUCCUCGGAGCUGAUCUCUUCCUAAACACGGACGUCCGCACUGAGAACCAUCCCAGAUACCAUGCCAAGUUUGCAAAAAAAGGCCUCGCAACCAAACUGGCUUUCUCCUCAGACUUUAGGUUCCAGGGUUUACGAGUUCCUUGUUCCAGUAAUAGUUUGUGGUUCUACUGUGUUCAUGGGGUUUUUCGAGUGGCCUUUGAGCUCUACAGCAAACACGAGCAGCUGUCAGUCUUGGAGUCGUUUCAGGAUUUGUGGAAAUCUCGGAUCAACGAUGAUCAACUGCACUUCAUAUACAACAUUGGAAUCCAGUUAGACGAGGAACCAUCAAACACCAGUGAUCAAGAGGAACCAAUGAGGUUAAAUAAUUUAUCUAGUGAUAUUUCUGUAUCUACUGAGGACCAGUUAAACUGUCAGGACGCAAUGGAAGAUUUGGAGGAAGUGAUCUUAGACUCAACAUCAGGCCAAGCUGGUAAUUCCUCUUCUGCAGACCAUGAUUACUGCUCCCUAGAUGAACCAGUUGAGUCUAAGCACCACGGUGUACUAACAGAGAGGCUUUAUAGCAUAGCAAACAAAGUGAACUGCACAUCAACUGUAGACAGGAACCAAGAGGUGACCAUGGUGAAACUUCUGGACUAUGUUGAAUAUUGGAUUGAUGGACAGUUAGAUGAAGCGAAACUGUCAGAAGCUGUGAUGGUCUUGCUUCAAACUCACCGUCAGGGCUACUCCAUCUACUCCAGUCCUUUACUACAGACUGUGGCUAGCUGGCUGGGGCGACGGUUCCAUGAGGCCAACAGCACUGUGAGUGACCAGGUGGAAGGAUUUAAGAUGAGAAAUAUCGAGCACAUUAAAGACCUGCCUCCAGCAGAAGAUCUAGCAAACGAGCUCUUCCCUGAAGCCAUGAGGGACCUGCUGAUACACUGGAUGGGCCUCAGUGAAGAAGCAGCAACAUGGAAAAGGCUUAGUGAAUAUCCCAUAGUUUUGCUAAUACUGGAGUUUGCCAACCACAACCUCAUCACUGGAGUGGCUCACGUCUUGUAUUCCAGUCUCAUAUGCAGGUAGAGAGAUGUUUCAAUUCCUGGAAGUGUUUACUAGGUUCUACCAAGUCUGAGCUGUCACACAUUACUGUCUGAUGAAGGAUAUCAAGACGGAGAUUUUUGAAGAUGUUAACAGCUCUUACGUUUGUGCUUGAGUUGCGGUGCUGUGGCGGGAAGCGUGACCAGGAACGCCAUCUUUCCCACCAUGAGAGCAGGCUCAGUGAUGAGCUCUUCUUGCACUUGCUUGGACUUGUGUAUCUGUGAAGUGAUCUUCACUAGUAUUAUACUAUAUGUGUUACGGUAUUUCACUGUAUGACUAAUACUUUGUGGACCAUGACAUGUAUAUACAGGUCCUCCUUAAACAGUUGACACAAAGAUAGAAGCAAGCAUUUUUACAGAUUGUGUUCGUAUGCUGUCACAAUCUAGUUUCUUCUCAGUCGAACUAUGUUUAACAAGUAUACAGUAUAUGUUCACAAACUUAUUAAAUUAUUGAAUGCAUUUAGUUUGAUGAGGUUUUUAUUUAAGGUGACCCACAUGUCUGCUCACGUGCUGAUUGUAUCAACGUUUUAGCAAAUUCUGAUUAAAUCCGAAUACUGAUCAUACUUAUUUUCCUGCAUUUUCAUAUCACAUUACGAUAUGACUUUGGUGUAUUUAUGCCCCUGACCAAACAAGCCUUUGAACUGUUCUUUCUUUAAAAAGAAAGUCAAGAUUAACAUCAGUAAUAAUUAAACUCAUUACAACCCAAUCAUCAAAUAAUCAUUUAAUUAUCCCUUUGACUAGAACCCAAGUCCCAGCUAAAGAAAAUCAGAUCCAUAGAAUGAUGCUGCCACCACCAUGCUUUAACGUGUUAUUUGACCUUGCACUUUUUUAGGAAUUAUGCACAAAAAGUUCUACUUUUGUGUUAUCAGACCAAAACAUUUUUGUCACAUGGGCUGGGGUGACUUUUAGGCAUGCUUGAUUUUAAUUUUUUGCUUAAAAUGAUUGGGGCAUUUACCCAAUGAGUGGCAUUCAAGUCAAACCUGGGAACCUUGUGCAGAAUAAAAGAACGCAGUUAUGAGAGUAAGAACUCCCCUUAUUUCUCUUUAUAAUCCCCUGCUACACUAAUGGACUACGCUAAAAGUUUAUCUUAAACAAACAGGAAUCACAAUAAACUUUUAAGUAACUGGUGCAACCAUGGCAAGAAAACAGAAGAUGCACAAGGCAUGACAAAUGACUUUUGCACCCAAUGGUAACAGCAGGAAUAAAAGAACA